AUGCCAGCUAAUGGUGGAAAACUAAGCGCAGUCGCAAGACGGCGGCUCUUGCGGGAUGUGCAGGAGACUACAUCGAGUUCCCGCGAAGUCGCUCCUGCACCAGAAUCAAAGUCCAAUCUAAGUGAGGCUGCAUCUAUUGUUCCGCCCGUGGAGAGCGCCAGCUCGUCUGAGAAUGAAGGGAUCCAGAGUUCAAACCAGUUUGCAACGCUUGUUGAAGCUUCUGCAGUGCAGUUUAGCUCGACUCGAGAAAUUGAGCAGUUGACUGAGCGAUCAGUCAAGAUCAAACUCUCUCGACGCCAGAAAUGUGUUGUAUUGGGAGCAUACACGUUGUGGGUAAAGCAAGGAACUGUUUCCCUCUACGGCGCGCUUCUUACUGCUACGACGGUUACUUAUCGCAUCUAUGCUCCCGCCACUCAUGCACUUGCUCCGAUUGAAGCCCUGAGCUCGAGUGCCGAAAUUCAACUUGAUUCUCUCGACGACGGGGUCAGGGAUCUUCCUUACGUCGGACUCCGGGGAAUGUGGACUCCGUUUGGCGUCAACCCCGCGGUGUCAUCUUUCUACGUGCUGGGCCACUCUUUCGAACAAGAUCCGAAGGCUCCACGGCGUCUGAAGGAGCUGGAAAUCACCUGCUGGAAACCACUGUUGACAGACUUUUCCGCUCCUGAUACAAUCACGCCACGAAGAGUCCUAAUAUGCGGCAAACGUUCAUCGGGGCUUUCGACCUUGACGCGGUGUAUUCUCAAUCGCCUUCUUACCAAAAAGUCCGCCCGAACAGAUAAUACCUACCAGACAGGCGUCAUCCUGUUGGACCUAGACACGGAUAUGCCAGAGUUUGCUCCUCCAGGAAUGAUCAGUUUAGUGCAUAUUGCGAACCCCGUUUUUGGCCCCCCGUUUGCCAAUAUUCUGCCCGCGUAUCGACAAGGAUCCAGCCGGGUGUUGGCAAAACAUUUCCUUGGUGAGGUAGAAUCAAGAGACCUGGCCAACUGGUACAUUGAUCGCAUCUUGGAUUUACUGGAUGUUGAACAAAAAUGUCGCGGCGAAUUCGAGGGUGCACCUUUCCUUGUUACAUGCGGAAAGUGGCUGAAUGGCAUCGACAAUACCAUGGCGACCAAGCUUUGGAUGAAGCUGUCUCCGUCUGAUAUUGUUUGUCUGGACUCCAGCCCAGGAUCACCCCAUUUAGAGCCGUGGAAACCACUCGCAGAGAUGCGAAGUUGUCGCAUCCACCAGUUUCCGGCUCAGGUCUUUGACAAAAUAUCUCCGGUCCGGGAGCAUGACCUUCAGAUGCAAUCAUACUUCCAUGUGAGAGACACACCUUUCGACCGCCCAUACUGGGACGACACUCCGGUUUUAGUAACGGCAUCUCAGUCUCUGGCCCUGACAUACGGGGGUACUGCCGCAAAUAUCUCGGCAAUCAUCCUGCUUGGAGGCCAUGUCGCACCUGAGGACACUUAUGAUGCGCUGGAAGGAAGUAUUGUUGCUGUAUUGGCACUCAGAACCCCCGUUGCUGCAAAUGCAACAUGUGAUGUCAGCGAAAUCGGUACAAGUAAUCAGCAUGGUCAACGAAACGGAAUAUUUCGGACGGAGGAAGAUCUCCCGCUCUGGCAGCAGCAAGGUGAACUGGAAAGUUCCUUUCCGUUUCUGGCAGAGUGUUCUCGAUGUUUGGGGCUCGCUCUUGUGCAGGAGAUCGACAUCCCCAAAAGGAAGAUCACUCUUAUUACAGCAGGCGAACUGCAGGUGCAUGAGAUCCAGGAACAAGAUCGCCGUGUAGCCCUCGCGGUGCCAAAAGCAACCACAGAUGGGAGAUUCAAGCCAGAUUGGGCGCAGAGGGAAUUGUACAGAAAGAAGACCGACAGCCAAACAAAAUAA